CCUUGAGUUAAAUGGCCUCUACAAUUUGUUGUUAAACAUUAAAAAAAAUUGUUGAUGUUUUUACUGCUAAUUUUUCCUAUAAAAACUCAGCUAUAAUUCAACUUUUAAUUUAAUUCGACGAUAGUUCCGAUCUACUUAUAAUGGAGUGGUUGUUCUGCAACAAUAACAAAACUUGAUGCAGUGGAUAUAUUGGCCCCUUUUAAAGCUUAAAGUAUACUUGUUUAGUUUUUAACUAAUAACAUGUAUUAAUUUAUAGAUGAAAUUAUGAAUACUGAUCUUAUUCUACACAUUUUUCUAUGGCUCCAAAUAGUUUUAAGUAUUUUGUCCCAAGAUACUCAGUGUCCAAACAAAUGUUCUUGUAAAGUAAAUUCUCAAAGAGAUGGAGGAAAUUAUCUUAAAAUGACGUGUGGUGAGAAAGAAAAAAUAACUCAUUUAGAUGAAUUAGAACUUCUUAAUACUGCUAGUGAAUUAGUGCAGCUAAAUCUUUCUAACAAUCUUCUAAAGACUUUUGAGCCAAAGGUGGAACUAAUUGUUUUGCAAAAAUUAAAUUUGAGUGGUAAUCAGAUAUCUCAUUUAGAGAAGAACCAAUUUAAACUAGUGCCAAAGUUAAAAAGACUUGACCUAUCAGAGAAUCAUAUUAAGCAGAUAGAUUUAGGGGCAUUUCAUGGUCUUUCAGAACUUGAAAAGCUUAAGUUAAAUCAUAAUGAAUUAUCAUUAAUUACAAUGGGGACCUUGGAUGAUGUACCAGCACUCAAGCAAUUGGAUAUAUCUAACAAUCCACUUCAGUGUGAUUGUGGACUUCUGUGGAUCUUGGAUUAUGCUCAAAAGCGGUCUUUAAAACUAAUGUCAAACCCAAAAUGCAGCUCAACAUUUAAAGGCCUUCCCCUAAGAAAACUAAAAGUAGGGAUUGAUAUUCACUGCAGGACUGCUUCGCAUAACAAUAUCUUGCCCUUGUUGGAUUUAAAGCCUGAAAACAAUCAGGUGGUAUUUGAAGGAGAUUCUUUAAAGUUGCAUUGCAAAGCACCCAGUAUAACUGAUACUAUGGAUGACUUAAGCCUAGAAUGGCUAUGGCUUGAUAGUAAACCAAAAGAUCAUUUUCCCGACAUUACAAUAGUGGACGAGUUCCUGCCUAAUCCUGGGAUCAUUGAUAGCAUUCUUAUUAUAAAGAAGCUACAAAAAUAUCACACCGGAAUCUGGUCUUGCUUAUUUUCGUCAAUUCAAGGAAACUAUUCUAAAAGUACGACUAUAUUUGUGCUAUCUGAAGAUACUCAAUUCUGUCCGAUAACUACUACCAACGAUAACAAAGGCGUGUAUAUCUGGCCAAAAACGGUAGUUAAUCAUACUGUUACCAUGCCUUGCGAGUUUUUAAAUGAUUACUAUGAAGCCUCAAUUCAAACAGCAUCCUAUUAUUGCUCAAUAAAUGGAACGUGGCAAGAUUUAGAUACUUCAAAAUGUUCCUUUAUAUCUGAUACUACUCGCAUAUUAGAAGGCUUUUCGAAAGUGAAUUCAUCAAUAUUGGAAAGUGCGAGACAUCUUAAGGAAUUUACUUCAAAUUUGACCAUCUUUGAAGAUUGCAUAGAUCUGGUUUUUGCAAUUGAAGCCAUUGAAAAUUAUGCUGCCUUACAGCAAAGUGAACCUUUAACGAAUAUCUUAAUGGAUGUGACCAGCAAUUUAAUGCACUUGCCUUUUUCGUAUUUAAAAAAAAGUGAUCUGGCAUAUAGGAGCUGCUCCAAAUUACUUGAUGACAUGGAAAAUUGGGCUUUAAAUCACUCUGCUAUUUUAUUUCAGAGGGAAAACUUCGUUAUUGAAUCAUUUCCUACCGGAAAAGAGAGUUUUUCAGGGAUAAAAUGUUCUUGGUUUAGAAACGAACACAAUGCUUUAGAUUCCUUAUUCUCAUGCAGUUUAAGUCACAACAUUCCAGACUCCAUUGUUCUUCAGGGUAAAACGAUUGAGACAUCAGUUACUGUUCCAGACAGCGUAUUUACCAAAAACAAAAAUGAGUUGUCUGAAGAGUUAAAAGAUUAUAGCAUAUUAGUGUCAAUGCACGCUUCCAGCAAACUUUUUCCGAUUGACGAUGAACGAGAGGGAAAAGAGGCUGUUACUUCGGCAGUAGUUGGUGUAAAAAUAAUUGGCCCCGCACACGCAGAACCAUCCCAUCCAAUAACAGUAACAAUUAGGGCACCCCAUUCAACUUCCUACGAGGUUACACCUUUUACACCAGUGUACUGGGAUUCCGCCCUGGGUAGAUGGACCACUCAGGGUUGCCGAUUUGGGCAGCACUGGCAAGAUCAUAUUGUAUUUUCUUGUAGAAAGUUGGGAUAUUACGGUUUAAUGCAAGACGUAUCAAAUUCAAACAUAACUGGUAGCUUUACUGGUAUUUUUCGCGCAUCGCAUCCAGCUAUAUAUAUAGCAAAUGUAAUACUUUUUAUAACUUUAUUGAUUUCUAUAUUGAGCUACAUUUUUGGGUUUACCUCAAUACAAGCGCCGAAAAAAGCCAAGCACUGUCUAAUAAAUACCUGGAUUUCUAUUGCGAUGUUGUGUUUUAUGUACACAUUUGGCAUUUAUCAAACUGAAGAACCAAAAUUAUGCCAGGUUGUGGGACUAGCUUUGCAUUAUUUGUCUCUAUGCUCCAUGCUCUGGAUGUGUGUUACCGUUAAUUCAAUGUAUAAACGACUUAGUAAGAAUGGAGACUCGAUUUUACCGGAUGACGAUUUGCCUAGCGAGCAACCUAUCAAAAAGCCCAUUAUGGGGUUGUACUUGGUAGGUUGGGGUGUAGCUCUUAUAGUCUGCGGCUUGUCAGCUGCCAUAAAUAUUAGGGAAUAUGCUUCACAUUCCCACUGUUUUUUGAGGACUGGACCAGCUCUAAGUGCGAUCUAUGUGCCAUUUACUAUCUUGUUCCUGUUUAUGAUAGUUUUUUUUUUACUUAUCCGGUGUGCCAUUAGUAACUUGGAUCUGUCGCACGGAGGACAUUUGAGCGAAGGCACCCAGGCAACUGAACACGUAGAUCUUGAUCUGUUAGAACCUAAUUUUCCGCAGCAGCAGGAUAAUAGAAGUGUGAGAAGCUACUCCUCAAAAACAGUUUCCAGUGAAGCAGAAGACAAUGAGAGGUCGCCACUGGCCCAACUAAAAGCCCACGUAAUCUUUGUUUUUCUGUUCCUGAUCACGUGGCUUAGCUGCGGAUUUGCCACUGUACCUCCAUUAGGCUUAGUCACUUAUGAGGCAGAUUUAUUCAGCGCGGCAUACGCUAUAUCAGCAUCAACCCUUGGAGCAUUCACGUUGUUCUUUUAUUGUAUUGCAAGGAACGAUGUGAGAACUCAAUGGAUGGGUAUGUGCAGGUGGAUGCAUCGAAAGAGACUUUUAAGACCACGUACAGUAUCCGAUACGCCACCUAGAGUAGCUGUUCAGGCGCUCCCAUUACCUCCAGUAUCCAAUUCUGAUGCUCAAGCAGUGUCCAGAUCUUCUAGUAGAAGCUCGAGUCGUACAAAAUCUAAUUCAUUUAAAGGCGCAGCAGCUUUGGAUUUAAAUAGCUCUAUCAGUGAUAGAGUUUCUAUAGUUGGGGGUACAAAGAUUAAUAAUGUCAAUUUGAUUGCUCUACACCGUGCGCAAUAUCGUUCAAAUGUGGUACCACAUAUCAUAGAAAAUCCUACAAGUGCAGCUGAAGUCUUUUACAAUCCACACCAGAGUACCGUAGCAAGAAAAUUCUUUCGCAGACAAAAAAGGGAUAUGAUGAAGCGUAAUAAUCUACAAACAAAACCACCUAGGGAUGUAAACAGUGACGCUACGUCGGUUUUUUCGGAACCGAGACUUCCAAAAAACAAGAAUGCUGAACAGAAUAUGUUUGGUACAAACUCAAAGGUAAAUAAUACAAAUAUUCAUGUAGAGCAAAUUAGAAAAUCCCAAAGAAAAAAUCCGAAUAUAUUUUCCGAUAGCGGGGAGGAAUUUGAUGUAAAUGUUCCAGUAGACAAAAUUGUUAUUAAUGCCGAAAAGCUUAGGAAAAAAGACACAUCAAAAAGCAAAAUUCGUAAAAAAUCAAAUGUAGCUCAGGAAAACAAUCAACCAGCUACGGCGCAAAUGCGAACAGUUUCCCAACAAUGUACUUUGGAUUACAGCUCCGAAAAUCCUUUAUCUGAUUCAAUAUUAGAUAAAAGUGAUAUUUUACUUUUGAUAUCCCCAGCCAAAACGCUAACUGCUUCUUUGAAACAGAUACAAAAAUUGGUAUCGGAGGAAAGCAGUACUACUCCUAUGGAAACCUCUGGGGCUACGGAGACAACUGCACAUUUGAGUAUAAGGCGGGAAAAUAGCCCAGCUGAGGAGCACCAUCAUUAUGCCGAAAUUGAAGAACUACGGGGUAGUAAAUCUACGAUUAGAGGUGGCCGCUUUAGACUGGGCAGUAUAGAGAGCUCUUUGGCAAGGUUACGUUCCCCUUCCAAUUUCUCACGUGCUAGUAGCGCCACUGACAUUGACGAACUUUAUCAACAAAUCCGUAGAGGCCCGGUUUCCGUUAAAGGAGUCAAGAAUCAUCACUUUUCGCCUCCUUCCAGUCGACCUCAGAAGGCCUAUUCAAGCCCUCUUCUAUCCGAUUCGGAAAUAACUGGCUUUACGGAGAAUCGACAAUAUCUCUACGAAGAAGAUUUUAAUUCUGCGGAUGUCGAAACCACUGUUUAAGAUUUAAGCUUUCUCUUUAAGGUUAUAGUAAGUUGUUGUAAAGGCUAAAGUAAUGUGAAUCUUUUUUGCGGCGUGAAAAAACGUGGUUGUGCUCUCUAAUAAAAUUAAUUAUUAAUGGUGCCUAGCGAACUGCAUGCUAAAAUGCUCAAGCAAUGUAUAUGUGCAAUUCUUUAUGAUUCUGACAAAAAUGCGGAAUUAUUGGAAAAAAUUUGGAGAAAGUUGAUAGUUUUCAUUAAUAGAGAGGUAUAGAGAAUGGCAAUACCAACUAACUUGUAAUUUGGAAAUUUUUUAUAAUUUAAUUAUCCCGACAGACAAAUUUGGUUUCAGAUAUUUUGGUACCCGUAAUGUCGCCAAUGGUUCAUGGUCGUUAACGUAUUGACUUUUUAAGCAAAAAAAUAUGCAAAAAUUAUAUUAAUAUUUUUGCACAAACGAUUGUUGAAUUCAGGCCAAAAAUAAAGCGUUCUUAAUAUUUAUUUACAUCUUGUUGACCCCUACGAGGUCGAUCUUGGAUUUCAUUGUUAAUAUUUGGCAAUUUAUGCCCAAAAACGCAUAAUUAUAUUUUGUAAGUUGUAGUAGUAUGUUUUGUAUGUUGCAUACGGGUACAAUAUACUUUUUCAAAAACGAUAUAGUCGGAAUGCAAUGGAAUUGUUGACAUGCCCCGUGUGUCCAAUACCAGAACUAUUUCAAUCCAUUGAAUUUUACACAAAAAUAAAAUAAUGACAUAUGUCGGUGAGAAAAUAUUUUCUUCCAAUUAAGUUUCCACACUUCCUAUAAUACAUUUCGUUACUCACUAACGAAACUAAUAUAUCAAUAAUACAUAAUAAUGCCUAUCAUCAUUUUCUCACAAAUGAUUAGUAGUUUAUUUCGUAUCUAUGACUAAUUAUACCUUUUUUAUACUGUUGUGGUAAUAACAAUAAAAAAUUUAAAAAUUGGAUGCCCUAUAUCAAAAUGGUUACAAAAUAUUACACCAUUCAAAAAUGACAUACAGUUACUGCAUUACACCUCAUUAAAUGCCUUUACUACUUCAUCAAAAUAUUUGUACUGUACCUAUGUGUACGUAAACAGUGUUAUAACUUUUUAUUUAAUGUUUACACUAAAGGCUUCAAUAUUAUUAGGAUUACACGCGGCGUUAAUCCUUCUUUGGAACUACUUAAGCGAGAAUAUAAAAAUAGAAUAUUCAGUAAAAAAAAAACAAAUUAAAUUUAAGAAAAAAAUAUUUUUUAUUAUCUAUUAUAAUACCUCAAAUUCAGAACAUUGUACAAAGUACAAUUUUCUUACAGUAAGAUGGUGCCUUGAAAGUGUUUUUUGCUAUUCGAUUGACCCAAAGACACUUUUGAUUAGGCAUCUAACCUUCUUUUCAUUUUCUUGGAAAUUCAUUAUCGUUUCUUUAUAAUAAUUUCCUGUAAAAAUUAUAGAUAAAUGGCUCUUUUUGGUGGAUAUUUUAUACAGUAUAAGUUGAAAAAAAAAUCAUUAAGAUUCUACUAAAUAGUCUGCCUGUAUUUAAAAAUACUGUCAUCAUCUACUAAAAGCUGCAAACCAUUUAAAAUAUUAAAAAUUAUUGAACUAAGUACUAUUUUUUGUAUAGCGCGUGUUCAAUUCAAAUAAUCUUACAGCUCUUGACUUUUUUUUAAAUGUUCAUGAAUAAAACUUUUCCUGUUUGGGAACGUCGGUAUAUACAAUUAAAAUGAUAAAUUUGUAAUAUAAAGACGGAUGUCAUGCGCCGGACACCUUUGGGUUAUAUGGGUAGUUGCUAUUAUUCUUGUUCAAUAACCUUACCUGUUCCGUAGGAUACAGAUAACUGUGGCAAAAGAAUAAUUUACCACAAAAAUAUAAGUAAUGCCGUCUGUUUAGUUGUAAUGUCUUUGAAUUAUAAUUGUUUGUGAUUUCUAGUUUUUAACCCAGUUUAUUUUUAGGUACGAGUACUUAUAUAUAUAUAUAUAUAUAUAUAUAUAUAUACGAAAAUCUGUGAUAAUUAUAGAAGGAAAAUAUCGUUAGAAAAAAGAUUGUCCUCGCGAAAAGUGUUGAUCAAAUAAUCAUAAUAUUUUAAAACAGGUGCUAAAACUGAAACCAUUGUGCCAAUUUUGUUAUUUUAUCAACACUUAUGUCAAUGUACUUACUAUAGUACAAAUAGAAUUUUCGUUCAAUUGUAGACUUUUUUGUACUCAAUUUUAGCUUUAAGGUCUUAGUCUUAAGGACGCUUUGCCUUAUGUAAAAUAUGUGUUUAGUAAAUAUUUUUCGUCGCAAUCCAUUGAUGCUCGAUUAUUAUGUGAAUGGAAAUUUUAUAUACGUAUCUGUAAAUGUACAACUAUAUUGAUGUAAAGACUGUUAAAAUAAGAAUAUUAUACAUAUACAAACACUAUAAAUUUAUUUGUGGAAAAAUACACUGAAACAAUAUAUAAUAUAAUAUCCAAGAAGAA